AUGUCAGGCUCACUAGCGGAUUACCUUGCAAAAAACUAUCUCAACGCAGAUCCAAUUACUGAACGACCGAAGAAAAAGCGCAAGAAGACCAAAGCCACUGAUACAAACUCCGGCCUCAUAAUAGUAGACGAUGACUCGUUCGAUCUGCGCAAAGGCACAAACACCGCUCAAGAUGACGACGACGCCCCUACCAUUGAUACCUCUGGCACCAGUGCCGAGUUUCGUAGCAAGGCAAAGUCAUCAUGGAAGUCUAUCCGAGCAGCCUCUGGCAACAACAACGAACAAGAAGCCGCCGAUGCAAUCUUAGCUUCUGCAGCUGCGGAGCGCGACGCGAGAGCAGCCGAAGAAGCAGAUGAUAAUAUGGAGGGGAUAGAUGAUGACGGACCGCGCAUGGAGUCGGGUAUACGAGCAGGUCUCCAAACAGCCGCACAGACAGCAGCCAUGGUGAAAGUGCAAGAAAAGAAACGCAAGACCGAAGAAGCAUUAUUUCGCCAGGCAUCCGGUGGCGGCAAAGAACAGCAGACUAUAUACCGUGAUGCGUCAGGACGAAUCAUCAACGUGGCGAUGAAAAGAGCCGAGGCACGGCGCGCCGAAGAGGAAGCACGCGAAAAGGAAAUAAAGGCUAAAGAGGCUAUGAUGGGCGAUGUCCAGCGCCAACAGCGCGAGGAAAGAAGACAGGAACUACAGGAUGUGCGGGCGAUGCCGCUGGCGCGUAUGGUUGAUGACCAGGAUCUAAAUGAUGAUCAAAAAGCUCAGUCGCGCUGGAAUGAUCCCGCUGCCCAAUUCUUGACGAAGAAGGCAGAGACUGGUGCUAGUGUCACAGGCAAACCCCUCUAUCGAGGUUCGUUCCAGCCAAAUCGGUAUGGGAUUCGACCUGGGCAUCGGUGGGAUGGGGUUGAUCGGGCAAAUGGGUUUGAAAAGGAUUGGUUUGCGGCCAGGAAUAAGAAGUCGCGGAUAGCGUCGUUGGAGUAUCAAUGGCAGAUGGAUGCAUAA